UCUCAGUCUUUCUGAACGAAAAAUUGCGGCUGUGUGUGGAUUAUAAUUAAUGUAAAAAUAUAUAAAAAGAUAAAAUAAAGCCCCAGGAUGGCAGAGGCCGAAGGGGGCUCCGAACAGGAUGAUGUUUCAUUCCUUCGAACGGAAGACAUGGUAUGUCUUUCCUGUACAGCUACAGGAGAACGUGUUUGUUUAGCUGCUGAGGGUUUUGGUAAUCGACACUGCUUCUUAGAAAAUAUUGCAGACAAGAAUAUUCCCCCAGACCUAUCACAAUGUGUCUUUGUAAUAGAACAAGCAUUGUCUGUUCGUGCCUUACAAGAAUUGGUCACAGCAGCUGGGAACGAAACAGGAAAAGGCACAGGAUCUGGACAUCGUACUUUAUUGUACGGUAAUGCUAUAUUAUUAAGGCACCAAAACAGUGACAUGUACUUGGCAUGUUUGUCAACAAGUUCCAGCAACGACAAACUUGCCUUCGAUGUGGGUUUACAAGAGCACAGCCAGGGUGAAGCCUGUUGGUGGACCGUUCAUCCAGCCAGCAAACAAAGGUCUGAGGGUGAGAAAGUCCGUGUUGGUGACGAUUUAAUUUUAGUAUCUGUGGCAACUGAAAGAUAUUUACACACGACUAAAGAAAAUGAAAUUUCGAUUGUAAACGCCAGCUUCCACGUGACCCAUUGGUCAGUACAGCCGUACGGUACCGGUAUAUCCCGCAUGAAAUAUGUGGGUUACGUCUUCGGUGGGGACGUCCUCAGGUUCUUCCACGGCGGCGACGAAUGCCUAACUAUACCAUCCACUUGGAGCAUGGAAGCGGGGCACAAUGUUGUCAUUUACGAAGGUGGAAGUGUGAUGUCCCAGGCCAGGUCGCUGUGGAGACUGGAACUGGCCCGCACCAAGUGGGCGGGAGGAUUCAUCAACUGGUACCACCCCAUGCGCAUAAGACACAUCACCACCGGUAGAUAUCUGGCAGUUAACGAAGCGAACGAAUUGUAUCUCGUUAGCAGAGACGACGCGAACACCGCUACGACCGCAUUUUGCUUGCGACAAGAGAAAGACGACCAGAAGGUGGUGCUUGAAGACAAAGACUUGGAGGUCAUCGGCGCCCCCAUCAUCAAGUACGGUGACUCCACAGUCAUCGUGCAACAUGCCGAGACUGGCCUCUGGUUGUCUUACAAGGCGUUUGAGACGAAAAAGAAGGGCGUCGGCAAAGUGGAAGAGAAGCAGGCCAUCCUUCACGAAGAAGGUAAAAUGGACGAUGGUCUGGACUUUAGUAGGAGUCAAGAGGAAGAAUCUAGGACUGCUAGGGUCAUUAGGAAGUGCAGCUCACUUUUCACCCAGUUCAUCAAUGGAUUGGAGCAAUUACAAAUGAAUGGAAGGCACUCAAUGUUCUUCCAACUGGUCAAUUUAAAUGAAAUGGUGAUGUGCCUUGAAGAUUUAAUCAACUAUUUUGCUCAACCUGAAGAUGAAAUGGAGCACGAGGAAAAGCAAAACAGAUUGAGAGCCUUGAGAAACAGACAAGACUUGUUCCAAGAGGAAGGCAUUUUGAAUUUAAUUUUAGAAGCCAUCGAUAAAAUCAACGUUAUUACAUCGCAAGGUUUCCUUGCUGGAUUAGCAGGGGAUCAAAGUUGGGAGAUGAUUUCAGGAUAUCUGUACCAACUUUUGGCUGCCAUCAUCAAGGGAAAUCACACUAACUGUGCGCAGUUUGCCAACUCCAAUCGUUUGAAUUGGUUGUUCUCCAGAUUGGGGUCUCAAGCUUCCAGUGAAGGUACUGGAAUGUUGGACGUACUGCAUUGUGUGCUUAUUGAUUCUCCUGAGGCUCUAAACAUGAUGAAGGAUGAACACAUUAAAGUUAUCAUUUCCUUGUUGGAAAAGCAUGGAAGGGACCCCAAAGUAUUGGAUGUACUGUGCUCACUGUGCGUUGGUAAUGGUGUAGCUGUGAGGAGCUCCCAGAACAAUAUCUGUGAUUUCCUUCUUCCUGGUAAAAAUUUAUUGCUUCAAACUCAAUUAGUUGAUCACGUAGCAAGCGUCCGUCCAAAUAUAUUUGUGGGUCGAGUUGAGGGCAGCGCAAUUUACCAAAAAUGGUACUUUGAGGUGACUGUGGAUCAUAUGGAACAGACCACCCACAUGACGCCUCACCUUAGGAUUGGAUGGGCUAAUUCAAAAGGUUACGUACCGUACCCUGGUGGUGGCGAAAAAUGGGGCGGCAACGGAGUUGGUGAUGAUUUAUACUCGUAUGGAUUUGACGGCGCACUUCUAUGGACGGGCGGAAGAUUCACCAAAGUAAUAGACAAUGCUGUAGAACCAUAUAUUAAAAAAAAUGACGUCAUCGGCUGUGCCUUAGAUUUAACGAUUCCAAUCAUUUCCUUUACUUUCAACGGAGUGCCAAUCAAAGGUAGCUUCCGGAAUUUCAAUUUAGAUGGUAUGUUCUUCCCUGUGAUCAGCUGUUCUUCCAAACUAAGUUGUCGUUUCUUAUUGGGCGGCGACCACGGUAAACUCAAGUACGUCCCCCCGGAGGAAUUCUCUCCUUUGGUCGAGAGCCUUCUUCCCCAACAGGUCCUUUGUUUGGAGCCCUGUUUCUACUUCGGUAACAUGAACAAGAAUAUAAUAGCUGGCCCCUUAAACGUCGAGGACGACACCGCUUUCGUGCCGAAUCCUGUGGACACGUCGAUGGUUACGUUGCAGUCCUACAUCGACUCCAUUAAGGAUAAACUAGCCGAAAAUAUCCACGAGAUGUGGGCGAUGAAUAAAAUCGAAGCUGGGUGGCAAUGGGGCGACUUCAGGGAUGACCUGAGACACAUUCAUCCCUGUUUGGUGCCGUUUGAUAAGCUACCGCCGGCUGAAAAACGAUACGACUCGCAAUUGGCCGUGCAAACGUUGAAGACAAUUAUAGCACUAGGUUACUAUAUCACGAUGGACAAACCACCAUCCAGAAUAAAGACGAUACGUUUGCCUAAUGAACCAUUUAUGCAAGCUAAUGGUUACAAACCUGCCCCACUUGACUUAAGUCAGAUUGUAUUGACUGCUAAGUUAGAAGAGUUGGUGGACCAGCUUGCUGAAAACACCCACAAUUUAUGGGCCAAGGAGAGAAUCCAACAAGGAUGGACAUACGGUCUAAACGAAGACCCGGACAUGUACCGCAGCCCUCACCUGGUACCCUACGCCAAAGUGGACGACGCAAUCAAAAAGGCCAACCGGGACACCGCCUCGGAGACGGUCCGCACUCUGUUGGUGUACGGCUACAAUUUGGAUCCGCCCACCGGGGAGCAGCAGGAGACCCUCCUGGCCGAGGCCAGUCGCAUGAGACAGUCGGCCUUCAGGACCUACAGGGCGGAAAAGAACUACGCCGUCAGUUCGGGGAAAUGGUACUUCGAAUUCGAAAUAUUGACGGCGGGGCCGAUGCGUGUCGGUUGGGCACACGCAGACUGCGCCCCCGGCAGGAUGCUCGGUUCUGAUGAGAAUACUUGGGCGUUUGAUGGUUACAAUGAAGAGAAAGUUUACACUAACUCUGCCGAAUCAUUUGGAAAGCAAUGGCAAGUUAAUGACGUUGUUGGUGUCUUCCUUGAUCUUAUAGAUCAUACGAUAAGCUUCUCUUUAAACGGUGAACUGUUGAUGGACGCCCUUGGUGGUGAGACCACCUUCGCCGACGUCCAAGGCGACAACUUCGUCCCAGCUUUCACUCUAGGCGUGGGCCAAAAGGCCAGACUGUGCUUCGGACAAGACGUCACGCAGCUAAAGUACUUCACAAUGUGCGGCCUUCAGGAAGGCUACGAACCCUUCUGCGUCAACAUGAACCGCGCCGUCACCUACUGGUACACGAAGGACCAACCUAUAUUCGAGAACACCGACGACAUGCCCGACACUAAAAUCGACGUGACCAGAAUUUUGCCCGGAUCCGACAGUCCGCCGUGCCUGAAGAUCAGCCACAACACGUUCGAGACCAUGGAGAAGGCCAAUUGGGAGUUCCUGAGGCUCAGCUUGCCCGUUAUUUGUCACUCCCAGUUUAUUACCGAAGAGGAGAAGAUAAAAAGGUGGAAUGAAAUUAAAAUUAGGCAACAUAGGCUCAAAGUUGAAGUUUCGCAGCAACAAGCAGCGGCAGCUGCAGCGUCGUCUCAGCCAUCUGCCCAUAUUGAACAGAUUAUGAAGAGUGGAUUCUCUAUGACAGACAUAAAAGGUUUGCACCGAAAUUACUCUGAAGAUGCCGUUGAAUCCGACGAAGUACUGAAACAUCACAGACAAGAUGUCCAUAGCAAAUCUACCAGAAGUAUGCCAGCCCGACCUCCUCGAAAGGGCUCAUUAUCAAGAAACGUUAAUGGAUUCGAGGAGAACGGUUUAAGUCCAAACUUUGGCCGAGGUGUCCAUAGAUCCACCAGCGAGUUAGACAUCAACAGAUACCACGAUAUGGCGCCUAUAAACAACCAGGAGAAACAACCUGAAGACAAAAAGAAGCGUGGCAGAUCACCAUUUAGGUUAUUCGGUAAAAAGCGGGACGCAUCCAGCGGGGAAAGGUCGAAGAAAAAGGCUAAAACUCCCGAGCCUUUGGGCGUCAUUUCUGACAACACCCUUAGUCCCCAGUCGAGGUCUGUUGGUCUUUCUAAUACCAUGUUGUCCCGCCAGCCAACAACCAGACAAAAUCAACCACAAAACGAUGUGCAGUCAGCAGCUGCACCCACUCAGCAAAAACCUUUGUCCGUGCCUCAAACGUCAGACGUAGAAGCCAUCGGCAACGAGCUAUACGACGCCGAAUGUUUGAAGCUUAUAAACGAGUAUUUCUAUGGUGUCAGGAUAUUCCCUGGCCAAGACCCGACGCAUAUUUACGUCGGCUGGGUUACAACCCAAUAUCACCUCCACACCAAGGACUUCAAUCAGCAUGGUGUAAGGAAGGCCUCUGUAAUGAUCACGGAUGUGUACGACAGUGUAAUCGACGGUGUUGACCGUCAGGAUUGUUACAUGGUUCGUGCUGACGAACUGUACAAUCAAGUCACUCAAGAUGCGUCCGGCAAAGGUGCUGCCCAAGGCAUGUUCAUUGGGUGCUUCUUGGAUGCAGCUACGGGAAUGAUCACAUUUACUUGUGACAGCAAACCUACCUCGCACAAAUUUAUGAUGGAACCAGAAACGAAGCUGUUCCCGGCCAUCUUCGUCGAGGCCACCAGCAAAGAAGUACUUCAAAUCGAACUAGGAAGGACUUCAACCAGUUUACCCCUGUCAGCAGCUGUACUACAAAACAGUGCCAAACAUGUAACACCUCAGUUCCCUCCACGUCUCAAGGUGCAAUGUUUGAAGCCCCAUCAGUGGGCCAGAGUGCCCAAUCACAGUCUUCAGGUCCACGCCCUUAAACUCUCAGACAUCAGAGGUUGGUCCAUGUUGUGUGAAGACCCUGUUUCAAUGCUUGCCCUUCACAUUCCUGAAGAGGACAGGUGUAUCGACAUCUUGGAACUGAUUGAGAUGGAUAAGCUGUUGAGUUUCCAUGCUCACACGUUGACUUUGUAUGCAGCCCUUUGUUACCAGAGCAAUUAUAGGGCUGCGCAUGUUCUUUGCAAACAUGUGGAUCAGAAGCAGUUGUUGUAUGCUAUCAAGUCUGAGUACAUGAGUGGACCUUUGAGACAAGGUUUCUAUGACCUGUUAAUCGCUGUACAUUUAGAAUCUACCGCUACUACUAUGGAAGUUUGCAAGAACGAAUAUGUUAUUCCAAUUGGCCAGGAAUUGAAAGAGUUAUAUGAAGACCCCGAAAUGGGGCACAGCUUAAGAAAACUUAAGAUGGAAUCAGUACAACCACAAAUGAAGAUGUCUGAAAUCACUGAUGUGAUUGAGAAUAUUAAGCAACUGUAUUCACCAUACUUCCCACUGGACGUCGUGAGAGACUACGUCAUGACUGCUUUGGCAGAAGCCGUGUUGAUUAACCAAGUGCACAACAGAGACCCCAUUGGAGGCUCAAAUGAAAAUCUUUUCCUGCCCCUUUUGAAGCUGGUGGACCGCCUGUUGUUGGUCGGAAUGCUUUCCGACGAAGACGUCAACAAACUGCUCAUUAUGAUCUGUCCUGAGACCUGGGACGAGACGUUUGAGAAAGAAGGCAAAGAUGAACACCGCAAGGGUUUGUUGUACAUGAAAAUGGCUGAAGGAGCCAAACUGCAGAUGUGUUACUUACUACAACACUUGUGCGACAUACAAUUAAGACAUCGGGUAGAGUCCAUCAUCGCCUUCAGUCACGAUUUCGUUGGCGACAUCCAAAGUGAUCAGUUGAGGCGUUACAUCGAAAUUAAGCAGUCCGAUUUGCCGUCAGCAAUUGCCGCCAAAAAGACCAGGGAAUUCAGAUGUCCUCCAAGGGAACAGAUGAAUGCCAUACUAUUCUUCAAAAACAUUGAGGAAGAAGACAAAGAAAAUUGUCCUUUGACUGAAGAUCUUCAAGAAAGGCUCAACUCAUUCCAUGAAAAAUUAAUGGAAUACGUUUCAUUGCAAGCCCUUUUAAAUCCACCAGAGGAAGAAAAUGCUGAAGAAGUAGUUAAGCCAGGACCAAUCAAGAAAUUAUACAAUUUCAUCAAUGCCGUCAAGGAAUUAGAGGAAGAACCCAAAGAGGAGCCAGAACCAGUAAAGAAAACACCUGAAGAAAUAUUCCGGAAAGUUUUAAUUAAAACCAUAGUUAACUGGGCUGAAGAGUCUCAAAUUGAGACUCCAAAGCUGGUGCAAGAAAUGUUCAGCCUCCUGGUACGACAAUAUGAUUCAGUCGGAGAGCUCAUCAGGGCUUUAGAGAAGACUUACAUAAUCAACGCGAAGACUAAAGUAGACGUGGCCGAGAUGUGGGUUGGCUUAAGUCAGAUUAGAGCUUUGCUGCCAGUACAAAUGUCUCAAGAGGAGGAAGAGUUGAUGAGAGAAAGAUUGUGGAAGUUGGUCAACAACCACACUUUCUUCCAGCAUCCAGAUUUGAUUAGAGUUUUGCGCAUCCACGAGAACGUCAUGGCUGUAAUGAUCAACACUCUGGGCAGAAGAUCUCAAGCUCAGUCCGAUACUAGUGCCCAAACUCAGGGAACUGAAGGGGAAGCCGUAAAAGAGAAGGAUACGUCACACGAAAUGGUUGUGGCCUGUUGCCGCUUCUUGUGCUACUUCUGCAGAACUGGAAGGCAAAAUCAAAAAGCUAUGUUCGAACACUUCGACUUUUUACUGGAAAACAGUAAUAUUUUACUAGCUAGACCUAGUUUAAGAGGGUCCACACCUCUGGAUGUUGCUUAUUCAUCUCUAAUGGAAAACACUGAGUUAGCUCUAGCACUGAGGGAACACUACUUAGAAAAAAUUGCUAUUUAUUUGUCAAGGUGUGGUUUGCAGUCCAAUUCUGAAUUAGUGGAGAAAGGCUAUCCUGAUUUGGGCUGGGAUCCAGUGGAAGGUGAAAGAUACCUGGAUUUCCUCAGAUUCUGCGUCUGGGUAAAUGGUGAAAGUGUAGAAGAAAACGCCAACUUAGUUAUCAGAUUAUUGAUUCGAAGGCCGGAAUGUUUAGGUCCGGCGCUUAGAGGUGAAGGCGAAGGUUUGUUAAGAGCCAUUGUCGAAGCUAAUAAGAUGUCCGAAAGAAUCGCUGACAGAAGGAAGAUGAUGGACGAAGCUGAAGGAACAGUUGUAAAUAUAUUACAAUUCACUCAUCCAUUACCAGAAAGUGAUGAUGAUGAAGACUAUAUAGAUACUGGUGCAGCCAUUUUGAACUUCUACUGUACCUUGGUCGAUUUGCUUGGUAGAUGUGCACCAGAUUCAUCAGUUAUUGCAUUGGGCAAAAAUGAGUCUCUUCGAGCUAGAGCCAUUCUACGUUCUUUGGUACCACUAGACGAUUUGCGAGGCGUACUCAGUCUACGUUUUAGCCUUCAAAAUCCAGCUGCAGGUGAAGAAAGACCAAAGUCAGAUAUGCCUUCUGGUUUAAUUCCAGGACACAAACAAUCCAUCGUAUUAUUCUUAGAAAGAGUUUAUGGAAUUGAAACGCAAGAGCUCUUCUUCAAACUACUGGAGGAAGCUUUCUUGCCUGAUUUGCGAUGCGCUACAAUGUUGGAUAGAAAUGAUGGCAGUGAGUCUGAUAUGGCCUUAAGUAUGAACAGAUACAUUGGCAAUUCAAUUCUUCCAUUACUUAUUCAACACAGCAAAUUCUAUAGUGAAGCAGAAAAUUAUGCUUCACUUUUAGAUGCCACACUCCACACUGUGUACCGUCUAUCCAAAAACAGAAUGCUCACAAAGGGACAAAGAGAAGCAGUUUCCGACUUCUUGGUCGCAUUAACCAGCCAGCUUCAGCCUUCCAUGCUUUUGAAGCUACUGAGGAAGCUCACUGUCGACGUUUCCAACCUUUCAGAAUACACAACAGUUGCCCUAAGAUUGUUGACUUUGCAUUAUGACCGUUGCGCCAAAUACUACGGCUCCAGCUCAGGCCAGGGAGUGUAUGGAGCUGCGAGCGACGAAGAGAAGCGCCUAACAAUGAUGUUGUUCUCCAAUAUUUUCGACUCGCUAAGCAAAAUGGACUACGAUCCUGAGUUAUUCGGAAAGGCCUUGCCAUGUCUCACUGCCAUAGGUUGCGCCCUUCCUCCAGACUACUCCCUUUCGAAGAACUACGACGACGAAUGGUAUUCAAACAAAGCUGCAGGUGCUGGCACAGGACCUGACGGACCGUACAACCCACAACCCAUCAAUACUUCGUCGGUUCAGCUAAAUAAUGACCUAAACAACAUUGUUCAGCAGUUUUCAGAGCACUACCACGACGCCUGGGCUUCUAGGAAGCUUGAGAAUGGUUGGGUUUACGGGGAAAGUUACUCUGGGUGGGAUGGCAAUAAGACUCAUCCAAGGUUGAAACCCUACUCAAUGUUAAACGAUUAUGAAAAGGAAAGAUACAAGGAACCAGUUCGUGAAUCCCUUAAAGCUUUGUUAGCUAUUGGUUGGUCUGUGGAGCAUAGUGAAGUAGAUCUUCCCUCAAACAGUCGUAACUCAAUGAUGCGUCAAUCGGAGGGUGCCACUCCCUUCAACUAUAACCCACAUCCCGUUGACAUGGCUAACUUGACUUUAUCCAGAGAAAUGCAAAACAUGGCUGAAAGAUUGGCAGAAAAUGCUCAUGAUAUCUGGGCCAAGAAAAAGAAGGAAGAGUUAAAUACUUGUGGUGGUGGUGUACAUCCACAACUAGUACCGUAUGAUCUGUUAACAGAUAAGGAAAGGAGAAAGGAUAGGGAUCGUUCUCAAGAAUUCCUAAAGUAUCUCCAGUAUCAAGGAUAUAAACUUCACAGGCCAAACCGUGGAGGUCAGUUGGAAAGUGAGCAGUCCGCAGCUGGUCCCUCCAUUGAACUACGCUUUGCCUACAGCCUUUUAGAAAAACUAAUCCAAUAUUUGGAUCGUGCCACGAUCAACAUGAAACUAUUGAAGCCUUCACAGACUUUCAGUCGUCGCAGUUCAUACAAAACUUCUUCCAGGGACAUAAAGUUCUUCUCCAAAGUAGUGCUACCUUUAAUGGAGAAGUACUUCUCCACUCACAGAAAUUACUUCAUUGCUGUUGCUACAGCUACAAACAACAUAGGGGCAGCCAGUUUAAAGGAGAAGGAAAUGGUUGCUGCUUUGUUCUGCAAACUGGCAAGUCUGUUAAGAUCCAGACUUGCUGCUUUUGGUGCUGAUGUCCGAAUUACUGUGCGGUGCCUUCAAGUACUAGUAAAGGGUAUUGAUGCCAAAUCAUUGGUUAAAAAUUGUCCUGAGUUUAUUAGAACAUCUAUGUUGACGUUCUUUAAUAACACUGCUGAUGAUUUGGGCCACACAAUUAUUAACCUUCAAGAAGGGAAGUACAGCCAUUUGAGAGGUACCCACUUGAAGACCUCCACGUCCCUCUUCUAUGUUAAUCAAGUUAUUGUUCCCAUCUUGACUGCAAUGUUUGAUCACCUCGCAAAUUGUGAAUACGGCUCAGAUUUGCUAUUGGAUGAAAUUCAGGUGGCUUCCUACAAAAUUCUCCAAGGUUUAUAUUCUUUGGGUACAGACCCCAAUCUGACCCAUGAUAGGAAAUAUCUUAAAACGGAAAUUGAAAGGCACAAACCUGCCCUAGGUUUUUGCCUAGGAGCCUUCAGCUCUUGUUUCCCAGUGGCGUUUUUGGAGCCCCACUUGAACAAACACAAUCAAUUUUCUUUGCUCAAUAGAAUUGCUGAUCAUUCUUUAGAAGCUCAAGAUAUUAUGGCUAGAAUGGAGGGUUCAAUGCCCACUCUAGAAACAAUUCUGGCUGAAGUGGACCAGUUUGUCGAUAGUGAAAAAACUUACGCAGAUACACCGCAUGUAAUCGACGUAAUUUUACCAAUGUUGUGCUCGUAUCUGCCUUUCUGGUGGUCCCAAGGCCCGGACAACGUAAGUCCUACAGGCGAAGCCCACGUUUCCAUGGUGACUGCCGAACACAUGAACCAGUUGCUCAAAAACGUGCUCAAAUUGAUUAAAAAGAACAUCGGCAACGAAAACGCCCCGUGGAUGACCAGGAUUGCCGCCUACACGCAGCAAAUCAUUAUAAACAGCAGCGAAGAACUGCUCAAGGAUCCAUUCCUUCCGUUGGCUGAAAGGGUUAAGAAGAGGACCGAAACCAUGUUCCACAAGGAAGAGAGCUUGAGAGGUUUUAUCAAGAGUAGCGCCGAUGACACGUCUCAGAUUGAAGCGCAGGUGCAGGAGGAGUGGCACUUACUCGUCAGGGAUAUUUACUCGUUCUAUCCGUUGUUGAUUAAGUACGUGGACUUGCAAAGGAACCACUGGAUGAGACAUAACGUUUCGGAGGCGGAGGAUCUUUAUAACCACGUCGCCGAAAUAUUUAACAUCUGGUCCAAGUCCCAAUACUUCUUGCGAGAAGAACAGAACUUCAUCUCAGCCAACGAAAUUGACAACAUGGUACUCAUCAUGCCUACUGCAACAAGAAGGACCGUAGCACCAGACGCAAGUCAGCCCUCUGGUGGAAAGAAAAAGAAGAAACAUCGUGACAAGAAACGCGACAAAGAUAAGGAAAUUCAGGCAUCUCUAAUGGUUGCCUGUUUGAAGCGUUUGUUGCCGGUUGGUCUCAAUUUGUUUGCCGGCAGGGAGCAAGAACUUGUACAGCACUGCAAGGAUCGUUUCUUGAAGAAACUUCCGGAGUAUGAAAUCAUCGACUUUGCCAAGACACAACUAACACUGCCAGAUAAAAUUGAUCCGGCUGACGAAAUGUCUUGGCAACACUAUUUGUACAGUCAAUUGGGUAGUAAGAAGAGCGUGUCUGUGGGCGUCGUAGAUGGUAAUGGCAAAAAUCAAUUAGAAGAGACUGUUGACAGGAUUGUUGCCAUGAGUAAAGUUUUAUAUGGACUGCACAUGAUUGACCAUCCACAACAACAACAAAAAGGCGUGUACCGCAGCGUAGUAUCCACCCAGCGUAAAAGGGCUGUAUUGUCUUGUUUCCGCCAGGCUUCCUUGCACAGUUUGCCAAGGCAUCGUGCCAUUAACAUCUUCAUCCGCUCCUACCGCGACCUGUGGCUUCAGGACGAAAACGUAGGUCAGGAGGUCAUGAUUGAAGAUCUGACUCAAAGCUUCGAGGACUCGGAAUUGAAGAAGAAGGAUGACGAGGAGGAAGAGGGCAAACCUGAUCCUCUGACUCAGUUAGUGACCACAUUCUGUCGUGGGGCGAUGACUGAACGUUCAGGAGCCUUGCAGGAAGAUCCCCUGUACAUGAGCUAUGCCGAAAUCAUCGCCAAAUCCUGCGGUGAAGAGGAGGAAGAGGGCGAAGAGGAAGAAGGUGGCGGAGGUGAAGGUGAAGAGGGUGGAUCCUCUAUUCAUGAACAAGAAAUGGAGAAACAAAAGCUGUUGUUCAACCAAGCUCGCCUGGCAAACCGAGGUGUUGCCGAAAUGGUUCUCCUCCACAUAUCAGCCUGCAAAGGUGUACCAUCUGAUAUGGUAAUGAAGACCCUUGAAUUAGGUAUCUCAAUAUUGAGGGGAGGCAACUUUGACAUUCAAAUGGGUAUGUUAAACCACUUGAAGGAGAAAAAAGAUGUAGGAUUCUUCACCAGUAUUGCUGGGUUGAUGAACAGUUGUAGCGUCUUGGAUUUGGACGCCUUUGAAAGGAACACCAAGGCUGAAGGUCUUGGCGUUGGAUCAGAAGGAGCUGCAGGAGAGAAAAAUAUGCACGAUGCUGAAUUCACCUGUGCACUGUUCAGGUUUAUCCAACUGACCUGUGAGGGUCACAAUUUAGAAUGGCAAAAUUACUUGAGGACACAAGCUGGUAACACUACAACUGUUAACGUCGUAAUCUGCACAGUAGAUUACCUACUGAGACUUCAAGAGUCCAUCAUGGAUUUCUAUUGGCAUUACUCAAGUAAAGAGUUGAUUGAUCCUGCUGGCAAGGCAAACUUCUUCAAAGCAAUUGGUGUUGCCAGUCAAGUAUUUAACACCCUUACUGAGGUCAUUCAAGGUCCAUGUACUCUUAAUCAGCAAGCUUUAGCACAUUCCAGGUUGUGGGAUGCAGUAGGUGGUUUCCUCUUCCUGUUUUCUCAUAUGCAAGACAAACUAUCUAAACAUUCAAGCCAAGUUGAUUUGCUCAAGGAACUUCUGAACUUGCAGAAGGACAUGAUAACCAUGAUGCUGUCUAUGCUUGAAGGCAAUGUUGUCAAUGGUACCAUUGGUAAACAGAUGGUGGACACACUUGUAGAAAGUGCAUCCAAUGUAGAAUUGAUUCUUAAGUACUUCGACAUGUUCUUGAAACUGAAAGACUUAACAUCUUCCGCUAGUUUCCUAGAAAUUGAUCUGAAUAACGAUGGCUGGGUUUAUCCUAAGGAUUUCAAAGAAAAAAUGGAGCAGCAAAAAAGUUACACCCCAGAAGAAAUUGAAUUUUUGCUGGCCUGCUGCGAGAGCAACCACGACGGCAAGAUAGACUACGUGGGCUUCAUCGACAGAUUCCACGAGCCCGCCAAAGAAAUCGGCUUCAACUUGGCGGUACUUUUGACCAACCUUUCCGAGCACAUGCCCAAUGAGCCUCGAUUGGCCAGAUUUUUGGAGACGGCCGGCUCAGUUCUGAACUACUUCGAACCGUUCUUGGGUCGCAUCGAAAUUAUGGGCGGAAGCAAACGCAUCGAGCGGGUUUACUUUGAGAUUAAGGAGUCGAAUAUUGAGCAGUGGGAGAAGCCGCAGAUCAAGGAGUCGAAGAGGGCGUUCUUCUACUCCAUCGUCACUGAGGGUGGCGACAAGGAGAAGUUGGAAGCCUUCAUUAACUUCUGCGAGGACGCCAUCUUUGAAAUGCAACACGCUAGUGGUUUGAUGGCUGUUGAGGAAUCGGGAGGCGGCGGACCAACCAGGGCGGCCAGCUACAGCUACAUCUCAGAUGAAGACGACGAAAGGAAACGUAAGAACCCAAUCCAAAGGGGGUACCAGUCAUUCAAGGAGGGCAUUUCGUACGGAUUAUCGUCGCUUAGUCCCACCAAUAUUAAGCACAAAAUUGCGGAAAUGCAACAGAUGACGAUACCGGAACUGUUUGUUGGAUUUUUCAAGUUAAUAUUUUACGCCUUCUACUACUCCGGUUUUGGAUUUGCCGUUAUUUUAAAAUACUUCUUUGGCAUUUUGAUGUCACUGAUGCGUGGACCUUUGGUGGAAGAACCUGUUGUUGAAGUUAAGGAAAUGAAAGUGGAACAUCUCAGGAUGCUUCCUCCGUUGCCUGCGGCGGAGGACGCACAGAAGACAGAAAUGCAGGCGUUUGGUUUGGAUAUUACAAAGGAGGAAGGACAGUUUAAAAUGGCUGCGCACGAGUCACCAACGGGUAGCCAACAAUCGUCGGGUGAAGGAGAAACUACUCCAGAAGAAGGCGGUGAACAUCCAGAAGCGGAAGUUACGGAGCAACCACUCACUCUUUCAGAUCUUUUGGGUGGGGAACAAGCUAAGCUUGCGGCUCAAGAAAAGAUUGAGGCACAAGCUGCUCAACAAGCUGUUAUGCAAGCUAUUGAAUCAGAAAGUAAACAAAUACCAACGGUUGAGACUUCAGCAGUAUCUCAAGUUAAUUUCGGUGCCUAUGGACAUAGAGCUGUCUCAUUCCUGGCUAGGAACUUCUACAACCUUAAAUAUGUUGCUCUGGUGUUGGCUUUCUGUAUCAACUUCAUGCUCCUCUUCUACAAGGUGUCUUCUUUGGGUGGCGAUGAUGACGGCAGUGGUAGCGGCAGCAAAGAGGUCUCCGACAUACUUGAUGGAUCGGCUCAAGGCAGUGGCUCUGGAUCAGGAGAAGACGACGAAGAGGAUCCGUUGGAAUUGGUACAUGUGGACGAAGAUUUCUAUUAUAUGACGCAUGUGAUGCGACUGGCUGCACUACUACAUUCAAUUGUGUCCCUUGCCAUGUUAAUUGCUUACUACCACUUGAAGGUCCCUCUAGCUAUAUUCAAACGUGAGAAGGAAAUUGCCAGGCGACUUGAAUUUGAAGGACUCUACAUUGCUGAACAACCAGAGGAUGAUGAUUUGAAAUCUCAUUGGGAUAAACUAGUGAUAUCAGCCAAGUCAUUCCCUGUCAACUACUGGGACAAAUUUGUUAAGAAGAAGGUCAGGCAAAAGUACAGCGAGACUUACGAUUUCGACUCCAUAAGCACUUUAUUAGGAAUGGAGAAAACUUCGUUCCAUCAGGAAACAGAGGAAGGACACGGUUUAAUAUACUUUAUUUUCAAUAUUGAUUGGAGAUACCAGAUCUGGAAAUCUGGAGUAACUAUCACCGACAACUCAUUCUUGUACUCACUUUGGUACUUCACCUUCUCCAUACUUGGCAACUUUAAUAAUUUCUUCUUUGCUGCCCACUUGUUGGAUGUGGCUGUUGGUUUUAAAACACUGCGCACUAUCCUUCAGUCUGUUACGCACAACGGUAAACAACUGGUGCUCACUGUGAUGUUGCUCACAAUCAUUGUAUACAUUUACACGGUUAUUGCGUUCAAUUUCUUCAGAAAGUUCUACGUACAAGAGGAAGAUGAGGAGGUUGAUAGAAAAUGUCAUGACAUGUUAACGUGUUUCGUAUUCCAUCUUUAUAAAGGCGUUAGAGCAGGUGGUGGUAUUGGUGACGAAAUCGAGCCACCAGAUGGUGAUGACUAUGAAGUAUACCGUAUCAUGUUCGACAUCACUUUCUUCUUCUUCGUUAUCGUCAUUCUGCUCGCCAUCAUUCAGGGUUUGAUCAUCGAUGCCUUUGGUGAGCUUCGUGACCAACUCGAAAGCGUCAAAGAAGACAUGGAGUCGAACUGCUUCAUUUGUGGCAUAGGAAAGGAUUACUUUGAUAAGGUGCCGCACGGGUUCGACACCCACGUACAGCAAGAACAUAAUCUGGCCAAUUACAUGUUCUUCCUCAUGCACUUGAUUAAUAAGCCGGACACCGAAUACACUGGUCAAGAAACUUACGUGUGGAACAUGUACCAACAAAGGUGUUGGGACUUCUUCCCAGUUGGUGACUGCUUCCGCAAACAAUAUGAAGAUGAAUUGGGCGGCGGCGGUGGAUAAUAUUAACCAUAAAAUAAUACUAAUACAAAAUCUUAAAGAUCUGCUCAAAUCUCUAGUUAUAAAUAGUUUUUUAAUUCCUUUUAACUGAUAUUUGAAUUUUUGUGUUAAAAUUUGAUUUAUCGGUGGGAGAUAUCCACACACGGCGACACGAAUGUUUUCAAAUUUUGUUUAGCGAUUUUUGAUGUAAAUAGGCUUAAAUUGUUCUUAGAAUGUAAGAAGAACAGUACAAAAUUGUCCAAUUUCAUGCCUUAAAUAAUUGCUGAAAUUACAAUUGUAUUUUAAAAUGUAAAUUUUAUCUAUUACAAUAAAUAUUUUAUUGUUUUC